UAUAGUCCGCCCCCCACCAAGGACUGAGGGACAGUGGACUGGCCCCUGCUGAAAAAGUUUGCUGACCCCUGAGUAUUCAAAACAGGGAUCCUCCUUAGUGACACCUGUGUAAUCUUACGUUGCACUUGGUUGAUUUUACAGGAGAGGAGUGUGGUUUAUGAUAGCUGUAUAGAUAGGGUUCUGACCUCAUGUGACCACACUUAAUCUUUUUUAAAACCACCAUGCUUGUGUGAAUUUACCCCCAAUAAGUAUAGUACUUGUUAACAUGGUUGCAUUGGAUCUGAUGUCCUUUCCUCCAUAUGGUUAUCUGACCCACAGCAUACUUUGAAUUUGGAGGUUGCUUAUUAAGAACAUCUAAUGUCUUAAUUUGUAAAUACCCAAAUUAAAGGAUUUAAAAACCAAAGGAAAAGCCAUUUAGGUUUUUCAGAAGAAAACAGCCGAAGAAAAAGGAAAACGGUAGCCUCAGGGAAAGUGGAAAGGAAACACUUUCACAAAUAUAUUAAGCAGACACUGGGAUUCUUAUGAAAACGUCAAUUGCAUUAAUAAGUAAAAAUGAAAAAGGUCACUUAAAUUGCCGGGCUAAUGAGCUAUUAUUUUGCAUGCUUUUGCUCAUAAUUAUAGUCGGCUUGACUGAGUUGAAGGAUUCACUUUAGUAACUAAAGACGAGUUAUGCAGAAACCGUUUUUAGUGUGUAUGUAGUUUGAGAAACUACAUGUUGUGUGUGCAUAUUUUAUUCAAGGUACUACACCAUUACUGUAAAUAAACCCUUAGGAAUAUGAUUGUCCUGGGCUACCUCUAAGAGAAGAAUUAGUGCCAUCAAAGCAAAAGUGGUUUGGUAAUAUCCAUGUUUUGCAGCCUGUACUCUUCUACUAAAUAGGUAUUUCAGAAUCCUUCUAAAUCAGUGCAAGUGGGGGGGGGUGGGCUUGAUAGUUCCACCACCUUCAGAAGUUCCAGGGUGGCAGUGGUCUGGAAGAGGGCAUUCUCCAUGUGAUUCUCGCUAUGCUGUAGAAUUCCAUCCCCACAGGUGCACUGGGCACUUUCAUUAUAUAGAUUUUGUCAUAAGCUGAAGAUGCACCGGUUAGGCAGCUGGAAUGGUUCCGAUAAUUAGAUGUGCAUGACAGAAAUCUGAACAUCUGAAACAGCCCCUAGAGAAAGGUAGCCUUAAGUAAAACAGAAAAGGAAUUGUUUAGAAAGGGCAUUAUGGAAUAGAACAAGAACUAGUGGGACAAAAUUAUUUUUUAUAAUUCUCAGCCCUAAGCAUGUUUACAGUUACAUCCUGCUGACUUCAUUGGAGCUUAUUUGCAGUAAGGACUGUGGCUGUUGCCUGCUUAUGAGAACAAUCUCUGAAGCCUGUGGGAUUUGAACAUAGCUUCCCAGGGGAUGCUGUUGAGAGUCUGUCAACAAGGGCAUUCGAAAGAUACAAAGCUUUGGAUUAUGGGCUGUAAUGGUAAUAGCCAGGAGUUGGCACCUUUGCCACUAGGAUAUCCUUCUCAGUCUAAUAGUCUUGGUCAUUCUUCAUUCUUUUUUCCAAUGCUUUUUCCAUGAGUCAAACAAAUGUCAACCUUCCGGUCCACCUCCACCAGAACCCUACCGAUCACCCUUCCAGUUCUGGAGUCAUUGGCCUUGGACAGAAACAACCCCACUGGAGCCAGGAGAAAGAAAUCUUAUCACCUUUUAAUUUACUGGGCUGACUCAGUGCCAGAGCAGCAGUUAGAGGCAUUAGAGCAGAGACACGACUGCUGUGUCAGAGCAUGAGCAGAACCAGGGUAUCUGGUUACGCAUCCCCCCCCACAGUGAGCCUUUAGCUGGAGCACUCGCAACUUCAGUUUUGUCCCAUUCCAUGAUCCUGCAACCGGGAAGCAGAAGGGAAGGCACCUCCCCCGGGAUGCCCAGUUUCCCCAUUUGCAAACACUGGAUAUGACUGGGGACAACCGUCCAAAAAGGACAUUACGGUAUCAGCAGACACUGCUCUAUGGCCAGUACACAGACAACCUCUGCAGUCUUUCCCGGAAGGAAGAAGAUGAACUCCUGGGGGAGAAGAGGCCCCAACGCAAUGGCCAGGGGCCCCUGAAGCGAGUCAGCCAGGCCGAAGUGAAAGCAGAACGCUACUCCAAGUGCCAUGCCUGCGCUAAAAGAAUCCAGAACUAUGUUACCAAGAAGAUGGGAGAAGACUGGAUCUUCUUGGUCCUCCUGGGCCUUGUCAUGGCACUGGUGAGCUGGGGGGUGGAUUACUCCAGUGCCAAGAGCCUGCAAGCUUACAAGUGGAUGUACAACUCGCUGCACCCGAGUAUCCCUAUGCAGUACCUGGCCUGGGUGACCUAUCCGCUCGUCCUGAUCCUCUUUGCUGCCCUCUUCUGCCAACUUGUCUCUCCACAGGCUGUGGGCUCCGGGAUCCCUGAGCUGAAAACCAUUAUGCGGGGAGUCGUCCUCAAGGAAUACCUCACACCCAAAGCUUUUGUGGCCAAAGUUGUAAGCCUGACAGCUGGCCUAGGAAGUGGGAUACCUGUCGGGAAAGAGGGCCCCUUUGUGCAUAUUGCCAGCAUCUGUGCUGCUGUCCUGAGCAAGUUCAUGUCCAUCUUUUGCGGUGUGUAUGAGCAGCCAUAUUAUUACACAGAUGUCCUGACUGUGGGAUGUGCAGUAGGGGUUGGCUGCUGUUUCGGGACACCACUAGGAGGUGUGCUCUUCAGCAUCGAAGUAACUUCCACCUACUUUGCAGUUCGUAACUACUGGCGUGGAUUUUUUGCGGCUACGUUCAGUGCCUUUGUUUUCCGAGUCUUUGCUGUCUGGAACAAAGACGCAGUCACCAUCACAGCACUCUUCAGAACCAACUUCCGCAUGGAUUUCCCCUUUGACCUGCAGGAGCUGCCAGCUUUUGCCGUAAUAGGGAUCUGCUCUGGGUUCCUUGGAGCGUUUUUUGUUUACUUCAACCGGCAGGUGGUUUUGUGUGUACGUCGACAUACGGCUCUAAGUCAAUUCCUAACCAAAUACCGCCUUAUAUAUCCAGGGGUUAUAACCUUUGUGAUAGCGUCCUUGACAUUCCCCCCAGGCUUCGGGCAGUUUAUGGCCGGAGAGCUGAUGCCCAGAGAAGCCAUUAGCAGCCUCUUUGAUAACUUCACCUGGGUAAAGCAUACAGGGGACCCCCAGAUUCUGGGGAGAUCUGCCGUCUGGAUCCAUCCCAAAGUCAGUGUGUUUGUCAUCAUUCUUCUCUUCUUCGUCAUGAAGUUCUGGAUGUCUGUCGUUGCCACUACCAUGCCGAUACCUUGCGGAGGCUUCAUGCCUGUGUUUGUGCUGGGGGCUGCCUUUGGACGCCUGGUUGGUGAAAUCAUGGCCUGGUUUUUCCCUGAUGGGAUUGUCUUCGAUGACAUUGUUUACAAAAUCUUACCUGGAGGUUAUGCCGUGAUUGGAGCCGCCGCUUUGACUGGUGCAGUGAGCCACACGGUGUCCACAGCAGUGAUUUGCUUUGAGCUGACGGGUCAAAUCUCCCACAUCCUGCCCAUGAUGGUGGCCGUCAUCCUUGCCAACAUGGUGGCCCAGAGUUUGCAGCCAAGUCUCUACGACAGCAUCAUCCAAGUUAAGAAAUUGCCCUAUUUGCCAGACUUGGGAUGGAAUCAAAUAAGCAAAUACAAUAUCUUUGUGGAGGAUAUUAUGGUGUGCGAUGUGAAAUUCAUCUCCUCCAACUGCAAAUACCGGGACGUGCAGGAUGCUCUUGAGCACACCACUGUCAAGACCUUUCCUCUUGUGGAUUCACCAGAGUCCAUGAUCCUGCUGGGCUCUGUGGAGAGGCCAGAGCUCCAGGCCCUUCUGCUCAGACACCUCAGCACUGAGCGCCGUCUGCGCUUGGCCAGGGAAACACAGCAGCAGAAACUGGCCGAGACACCGUAUGACGGGCACAGGUGGAAGCACGAAUCGUUUGCUUUUGUGGAUGAGGAUGAGGAUGAAGAAGAGAAGCCUGAGGUAGUGAAGGAAAAGCUUCCACAACAGCCUGCUUUCAUCAGCAGUUUCUCAGAACCACCCAAUGGCCCAGUGGCUCCUCACAAGCCGUUGCCAGAGUCACCAACCCCUCAGGAAACUCCAGGACGGAGAUUCUGGCGCUUGAGGAGACUGAUGCGGUACCUCCUGUGCCUUUACCACCCUCCACAUCAGCAAGAGAUGGCUGAGCAGGAGUCCCCAGAGUUUGAAGACCCAAUGAAGCCAGAAGAGAUAGAAGCUUGGGAGCAGGAGGAGCUAGAGAAAAACGUGUGCUUCAACAGCUGCCGCAUAGACCCCUCGCCCUUUCAGCUGGUGGAGAGGACAUCCCUGCACAAAACACACACCUUGUUUUCAUUGCUGGGACUCAGCCAUGCCUAUGUAACCAGUAUGGGGAAGCUGAGAGGUGUGAUUGCCCUGGAAGAGCUCCAGAAAGCGAUUGAGGGCACCACAAGCUCUGGUGUUCGCCUUCGUCCUCCCCUGGCCAGCUUCCGUGACACUACCCAGACGGCGGGUGGCAAGGAGCAGGCCAAGUGGACUGCACAGAUGUGGAGCAAGCACGACAGUGAUGCAGCGGCGGCAGCGGCAGCGGCAGCUCCCAGCAGUACCGCAGUAGACUCAGGGACAGAGAGCCCGGUGGCCCCUGGCUCUCCCUUCCCGCCACCCUCUCCCGCCCCCAGUGGAGGGAAGGCGGUGGUGCGCUCUGCCUCAGUGGCUGAUAUGGAACUGGAGGAACUGGAGCUUUCUGGCCCAGCUGCUGAGAACAUCUCAGGCAUCCUGAAGGACCUCAACCUGCGCCCCACAGACGUGUCUGAGGAUGACGACGAUGACGUGCCACUAUAA